AUGACGAGUGGUGCGGGCAGUGAGGUGGAGCUUUGCGAGGAGAUUCUACAGAAGUUGAACUUCAAGCCGGCACUCUGCAGGCGAAGACAUGACCCCAGGACCCGACACGACCGAACUCAUCUUAGAAACACUGCAUGGAUGGAGCAGAUGGAUCUGUUAGUCGAUGCAUAUCUUACCUGGCGUGACCGGGGCAAUCCCAUCAAGCUCGCUGGCGCAAGCGACGACUGCAAUAUUGAAGUGCGUGUGGUCAACUUCUUUGAUACCUUUACACGUCGCUUUCCUGUACGCGGAGAUGGCGCGCAUCCAAAUGUGCUUCUGGCAAAGCACGGCUACCUCGGGACGGCUCCAUUGAACCCUACCAUAGCGACAGGAUUUCGACUUCUCAAAGCAUACCGGCAGCUUCAUCGUGUAUGCCCCAAGCUUAGUGUAUACGCUCAAGUCAAGGCUUUGUGCCAUCUGCACGGGUUUCCUUUCUGGCGGGCCUUAGUGGAUGAAUUUUCUCAAGUCUAUGAUGUGUACCUUGAGAUUCUGCACCAAGUGAACAAGCGUGUCAACACAGCGCUUCGCCGUGAUGAGCCUGAUUGGAGACUGAAGAAUAUCUGUCCUUCGUGCAUGUAUUUACUCGAGAACGAGCCUGAGAUGGCACUGUCAAUGCUGUGCACAAUGGACGGAAACUCAUCUCUCAAGCUGGUCGACUCGGCGUUCCAAUCUGGAACCACUCGAAUCGAUGAGCGCACUCGUCGUGCUGACUUUUGGAUCUCACCUGAGGAUGUUGACCGCUUCAAGAACGAACAUAAAUCUGCAAAGGGUCCACCAGUUGACCCUGACGUAGAAGAGCUUCAAGAAAACCAAUUGACGUUGGAACUGAAUGCGGACUGUGUUCAGCGUUGGCGCAGUGCUGCUCCUGACGAGCGCAAAAAAAUGUUCGCGCUUUUUCGAGUCUCUGGGAUAUUCGCAUGCUAUUGCAGGCACGGACACCUUCUGCUAGCAUGUGACAUGAUUCGGAGUGGAGAACUGCGGAAGUAUCCCCUUGCCGUGAUAGAUUGGUUGCUCAGUGUUCACGGGAAGCAGAUCGGUCUCGGGUACGACGUAGGAUGUGACCUUCAUACAACUGUUAUGAGCAGCAGCUUAGGUGAACGUGCACGCAAGCAAGAGCUGCGCCUCGUCGUUCCAGCCUUCCAUGGUCACGCACACAACCGGCUUUGUCAGCUCUCGUGGCAUCCUAUGUAUGUCAAUGGCACAGGGAAAGAAGAUUUCGAGGGCAGCGAGCGAGCAUUUAGCGACUCAAACCAACUGGCGUCAGGUACACGGCUGGCUACUGGGUUCCACCGGGCGCAGGCCAUAGAAACGCAUGUCGCGCACCGCUCCAAAGAUAAGCAUUCUUUAAAGAUCUUGCAUGAAGACGGGCAUGCAUUGGAGGUCCUGUUGAAGGAGCUUCGAGUCUCGUCGGCGGAUUUCGAAGGCUACAUUGAUCAAGAGCGAGAGUACCUCAAGGGUCUCAAGGCAGAGCCGCGCCAGCUCAGCCUGCAUUUGGAGUAUUUUGAAGUGCUGCAGACGCUUGAGAAUGCAAGAGCACAGGCCGCGCAGGCCAGCGCUGCGUACGACAGCCUGGAAUACAACAUCCAACAUGGCAACUUGCGCGGUGGAGCAAUUACUGCAAUUAAGAACCAUCACCGCCAUGCCUGGACGAGACUUGAGCGUGCUGAAACUGACGUGGAGUUGCUCGAAAAGGAGUCAGACGUUGACAAGCGAUGGACGCCCGAGGAUCAGUGCUACAAGGACGCCGUCAAGGAGCAGGUCUUGCGUAAAUAUCGUCUCGCCUUAGAUAAUCUCAAGCGAAUUGUCAUUCAACGCCUGCUCGAGCUGUCGAAGCUUGGCAUGAGUGGUCUAGGGUACAAGCUGCGUGAGAAAAUUGGCAAGGCUCUACGCACCCGAGCAGAAGCUGUUCGCAAGGCUCUCGAGGAGUAUAACAGGCAAGCUGUUCGCCUUGACCCCCCACGCCCAAAGCCUCCAUGGACAGAGCUCAUUAGCAUGGUAUCUCUUGGUGGAUGCACAAUAAGACGUGCGUCAAUUCAAGAGAUCAACCGCUGUCACCUUGAAAUCCGACACCUACUGACGUUCAUGUACGACGAGCAUGUAGACUAUUGCCGCGCGAUAUCCACCAACCUCUUUGUCAACCCUCUCCUUGCUCGGGAGCUGUCUAACCGUUGGGUCGAGUAUGACCAUGUAAACCAUGCAAUCAUAGGACAUCUCCGGCAGAUUGCUGCAUUGCACGGCUUCACAGGCUCAUUAGAGUCCGGCGUACAUCUCGGACGGGACCUGACCCUCUUGCACGACGUAUCGGCACCAGCAUGGGCUGUUAUUCUCUCGAUGGCUGAAGGUGUCAGUGUCACCAUAUCAGAAGACACCAAUGAUGCACACGCGGAGAACACAGUGGAAGACGGCGACAACAUCCCGGGACGUGACCCACUUGCUGUGCAGAAUGUGCUUGAUAUGAGUGAGGACGUUGGAACACAAGGAGCAUUUGACGGUGUGGAUCCUGUUGACAAUGAGCAGGUCGAGGAGCUGUUUGAGUUUAUUGACCAGGUUAAUUAG